UGACAUAAAAGCGUAGCUUAUGGCCUUUUUUGAGUUUCAAUAUAAAUUACAGUUUACCUUUAAAUGCGAUCUAUAUAGGAUGUCCUGCAUAUAUUUAGACAGAAACAUCGCAAACGCCAAAAUCUCAUGUGCUUGAGAACAUUGUUGUUAGCUACCGCUAACUAGCAAUAACCUUGAUGUUGUAUCUGCUUUAACGUUAGCUCGCAAGAUUUUUUUCUUAUCCAGUUUACCAGUGUUGCCAACGAAGGUCGCGAUGUCCGGUUUAUAUCGUGCUUUUCAGAAGUCUUCUGCUGUUAUUAAGAGUAUGACAGAAGCGAGUCAGCUCCCCUGGUACUGUCCUUCUCGCAGCCAUUUCAGAAGAUCUCGUGUUCCCAGUGAGUUGUUUGAAGAGAGAUCAAAAGAACAUGAGAAAUAUGGUGGUGACCCAGAGCAACCCCACAAACUGCACAUAGUCACACGGGUGAGGACAACAGUGGGACGGCCGUACUGGGAAAAGAAGGUGGUGAAGAGCUUGGGACUGGAGAAGGGUCACACGCCUCGUGUUCAUAAGAAUAUACCCUCAGUGAAUAAUCAGCUUAAAAUAAUAAAACAUCUAGUGAGGAUUCAGCCUUUGAAACUGCCGUACGGUCUUCCUGCUGAGGAAGAUAUGGCUGACACUUACCUCAACAGCAAAGGAGAACUGGUAAUACGGAAACUGCUCAAGCCGGUGGAGCCCAAAGCCAUUGAAUCCUAAUUCCUACCACCCAACUCACAUCAAACCUCAAUUAUAUAUCUGAUUUGUUAAAUAAAAAUAAUUUAAACUCGC